AUGAGUACACGCAAAGUUCGUUCACCUGGACCAAAAGAUAUUAUCUACUGGCGUUAUCAUUGGAAGAAGACAGAUCCUGUUAUGAUGGCGAGGAAAAUUGGUACAGUGAAUUGGGUCCUUUUACGUGAUAAACUUAAUGAAAUGAAUCAAACACAUGAAAAAGAAACUGAUCCGCAUACUCUUCGUGCUCAGAUCAUUGCAUCCCAGGUAGAAAAUAUGACGAGACAACCAAUACCAAGUCAUCAAGACUACGAAAAAGAUGAAAAAAGUGUUGACAAGAUAAAUACAAAAUCGACUGCCUACUGUGGAGGUCCCUACACAAAGGGAAUGACACCAGAAGAAAGGAAACAGUUCUUCAGAACAAAAUUAAAUCAAAAAGCACGGGAAGGAUUUCGUUUCUGGCUGACUGAACGUCCAAAACCAACAAAAUUUGGUCAUUACUCGAUGGGAGCUAAAUACACAUUUCUGGGCUUGUGCAAUGCUCCAAGAAGCUGA